AGCUAGUCAGCUCCCCAAACAAAUCGGUUGGAAUCAAAGUACCAAAGCCAUCACCAUGAACUGCAAGCCCUUGAUUUUGUGCACCUUUGUGGCAGUUGCAAUGUGCCUGGUGCAUUUUGGAAAUGCAAUGCCCGCAAUCAGCCAUUAUACGCACAAGCGAUUUGACUCCAUGGGUGGCAUUGAUUUCGUUCAGGUGUGCCUCAACAACUGCGUCCAGUGCAAGACCAUGCUGGGAGACUACUUCCAGGGACAGACCUGUGCCCUCUCCUGCCUCAAGUUCAAGGGCAAAGCCAUCCCGGAUUGCGAGGAUAUAGCCUCCAUAGCCCCGUUCCUGAAUGCGCUCGAGUAAAGCGAUCAGAGGCGCCUCUUGUGCGGUGUGCGGUGUGUGUGGUGGUGUGUGCUUUUACGGCCUGUGACUCAGGUGUGGAUUUGGGUCAAU